AUGGUUCGAAUGAUGCUGGGGAGCGUCGUAUUUUGUGGGCUGAUUUACUCUCGGUUAUUAGCAGAAAUACUGUGUUUAUUGGGGAUUUUUAAUGCGGUGAAAGGAGCUAAUGAGAGGAUUAGUUCGGUCCUCCCGUGCAGGCGCGCUUGUCAGGAUUUCUGUGAGUUCAUUGAAGCUUCGGGUUUUGGCGAGCCCACCACUUUUGGUCUGCGCUUCACUUGGUCGGGUCAUCGUUUUUUGCCUAGACAUGUGGAAUCGGUGCUUGAUAGAGCACUGAUCUCUGAUGGGUUCGCGGAUAUGUGGGACUCCAUUAAUUCCCAUGCUCUUCCUAGAAUUUCUUCGGAUCACUCUCCGUUGGUAUUACAAUGUAAGCUUGUCAUGCCUACUGGUAAGCGUCAUUUCAAGUUUCUCAAUAUGUGGGUUCUUCACCCGGAUUUCCAAAACAUGGUCGCUGCGUCGUGGAAUGAUCAUGUUGAUGCUCAUUGCCCUAUUUUUCGGGUUAUGUUUAAAUUGCGCCGCCUUCGUGGGGUGAUUUGCUCUUGGAAUAAGACGGUUUUUGGUAAUGUCGAUACUGCCAUUCAGGAGUAUCAGCAGGAUCUUUUAGAUAUUCAAGCUCAUAUUGCUGAGUCGGGAUAUACGGACAAUUUGUUUGAUGAGGAGGUGUCGGCUCAGGCUAAGAUUAAUGUGCUCCUUUCUAGAAAAAAUAGUAUGCUUCAGCAGAAAAGUCGUAUGAAUUGGCUUGUUGAUGGGGACCGGAAUACGAAUUUUUUUCACAAUAUGAUUAAGUUCCGAAACCGGGGUUUUUCGAUUGGCCACUUGAAAAUUGAUGGGGUGGUGGUGCAUGAUCCGGAUGUUAUCGAGACGCAUGUUACGGAUUUUUUCUCGUCUCUGUUUACUGAGGAUAGACAGACUUCAGUGGAUCUUGCUGAGUUGGAGGCGAAUAUUGAUCCCUGGGUUUCUGAGUUGCAGAACCGCCAUCUCACGAGUAUCCCCCUUGAGGAUGAGAUUUCUGCUUCGGUGUUCAGUAUGGAUGCUAAUAGUUCUCCGGGUCCGGACGGAUUCUCUGGGCGCUUCUUUCAGAGCUGCUGGUCUACGAUUAAAGUGGAUAUCAUUGAUGCGGUUAGGGCUUUCUUUUUGCAUUCUUAUCUUCCGGCUGGUUGCAAUGCGAGUACUUUGAUUUUGAUUCCUAAAAAAGAUGUUGUGGAGACUGUGGCUGAUCUUCGACCUAUCAUCUUGUCCAAUUUCUUUUUCAAAAUUAUUUCCAAGAUUUUGGCAACUCGUCUCAGUUUGGUGGCUGCGGAGGGGGUCUCUCAGAACCAGUUCGGAUUCAUCAAAGGAAGAUCUAUUCAUGACUGUAUUGUGUUGGGUUUAGAAGGUUUUAAUUGCAUGAAUAGAUCGGGUCGUGGUUCGAACAUUGCUUGCAAGGUGGAUAUUCGCAAAGCUUUUGAUACGAUGAGUUGGGGGUUUAUUUUGCAGGUUCUUCGUGCUAAUAACUUCCAUGAGAAUUUUAUUAGGUGGAUUUCUAUUAUCUUUUGUUCGGCUAGAAUUUCUAUUCUUUAUAAUGGGAAUCUUAGCGGUUACUUUGCUUGCUCUCGGGGUGUUCGACAAGGGGAUCCUUUAUCCCCCAUUCUGUUUGGCAUUGCAGAAGAUGUUCUCAGUCAUCUUUUCAUCAAUUGUGUGAAUUCUCGUCAUCUCCAGCCGAUGAGCUUCAGUAGGGCGAGUAACUUCCCUACUCACUUGCUUUAUGCGGAUGAUAUCCUUAUUUUCUGUAAGGCUUCUCAGAAGAAUGCGCGUAAAAUCAAGGAGAUUCUUGAUUAUUAUGGGAGCUUGUCUGGUCAAGUUUGCAGCGUCGAGAAGUCUCAUGUCUUCUUUGGUUCGGGGGUUGCUGCUGUCAUGCGUCGUAAUAUUACCCGGGAGCUUGGGUUUGCUGUGGGAUGCCUUCCUGUUACUUAUCUUGGCGUUCCAAUCUUUGCGGGUCGCUCUCGUGCUUCUUACUUUACCAGCAUUUAUGACAUAAUUGUUCAGAAGUUCUCUCGCUGGAAAGGGUUGCAGCUCUCUAUCGCUGGAAGGCUCUGUCUGAUUCGUUCGGUUAUUCAGAGUUCUGUUAUUCAUUCGAUGAUGGUUUAUCGGUGGCCAAAAUCUCUUCUCCACAGCUUAGAUAAAAAGUGCCGGAAUUUCUUAUGGACUGGCAGGAUUGAUCAGCGGCCUUCCUGCCCUGUUGGUUGGUCUCGGGUUUGUGCUAUUCGCCAGGAAGGUGGCUUGGGGAUAAGAGAUUUCAGUCUCAUGAAUAAGAGUUUUAUGAUGAAGCUGGCUUGGAAGUGCAUCAAAGGGACUGACUUCGCGUUUUCCAUUCUUCGCACGAGGUACCUGACUAGUUUUGGGCACGCUAAGUCUUCGCUGGUUUCUUCGCCGGUCUGGACUAGUAUUCGUGAGAAUGUGAGUGAGCUGGUGGAGAAUUCUUAUUCCUUUAUUGGGGAUGGCUCUUCUACUUAUUUCUGGCUUGAUGAUUGGCUUGGUUAUAAGUUGGUGGAUAAGCUUCAGGUUCCGCACUUCAUGCAUGAAUUUCUCCAUCAAUCGGUGGCUGAUUAUUAUUUUGAGGGAGCUUGGCAUUUAUCUGAGGAUUUCUUUAUUCAGUUUCCUGACACGGUCUGUGAUAUUUUAUUAUUGCCUAUUGGGGAGAGUGAGGACUUGAGGUUCUGGAAACAUUCUGUUACUGGUGAUGUUACGGCGGCUCUUGCCUAUUCUCGUAUCGGCCAUAGCUUUCCCAAAGUCCGUUGGGGAGAUUGGAUUUGGGAGAAUUAUAUUCCUAUGAGACGCUCGAUUAUUUGUUGGCGUAUAAUUCAGAGCCGCUUGCCGACCCUGGAUGUUCUCAUUCGUCAGGGUACCUUGGGACCCAAUCGGUGUUCUUUAUGUGGUGCUGCGGAGGAGACUAUAUCCCAUUUAUUUUGGGAGUGCUCGGUGGUGCGUCCGAUCUGGAUGGAUUUUCUUGGUUGGUUUCAUCAGGGUGAUUUUAGGCAUUGCCUGGAUAUUCAUAGCUUCCUGGUUUUGGCUUGGAAUGCUAAGUUCAGUUCUCAGGUGAACUCUUUUUGGAAGUUGGGUGUUCUGUCGCUUCUUUGGCGUAUCUGGGAGGGGAGGAACCGAGCUGUUUUCAAUGAUGAGAGUUUCGAUCCAAGGGCUGUGAUGAGCUUCGUUAAAGUGGCGUUUAAGGAGCUCGAUGCGUCUUCGUUUAAAAUCGGUUCGGUUUCGAAUUCUUGGCAGGAUUAUUUGAUCACCCGUAGUCUUGGUGUUGUUUCUCGUGCAUCUCCGCCUCCGUUAAUGAUUGAGGUGUAUUGGUGGCCUCCUGUUGGCCAGUGGAUCAAGGUCAAUACUGAUGGCUCGGUUGCGGGUUCGCCAGGUGCUAUUGCAGCUGGUGCGGUUUUUCGGGAUAAGUUUGGAUGGGUCCGUGGCUGCUUUCACUUGAAAUGUGGUCGUGGUUAUGCGUUUGAGGCUGGAUUAUAUGCGGUUAUUACUGCGAUUGCGAUUGCUCAUGCUCGAGGUUGGAUGUUUCUUUGGAUUGAGGCGGAUUCGAUGUAUGUGGUAAAUCUGUUAAGCUCUCGUGCCCGGGAUGUUCCUUGGAGAUUUGUGGCGUCUUGGAACCGCACGCUGAAUCUUCUUAUGGAUAUGCAGAUCAUGGUUUCUCACAUUUACCGGGAAGGUAAUGCUGCGGCUGAUAUUAUGGCUAAUCCUGAUAGGUCGGAAGGAUGGUGGCCUCAUGCGAUUGAUGAUGUCAAGAAGGCUGUGCUUUGGAUAUGGCCACUCACAGUUUUGUUCGUGUUCGUGGUUGAUGGCUAUGGGGGUUGGUUUUGGCUGGCUGUUGGGAUGGUUUUGGGUGUUGAGAUAGGGCGUUUCCUGGCCUUUUUACAGUUGCUGGGUGUGCUCGGCGCUGGGGUUUGGGGAGUCGGGUCCUGUUGGUUGCUCCGCGAUGGCGUUUGGCUGUCAGCGUUGAGAGUUUGGAGAUGUGGUUGUCUCUGCGCGUUUCGCUUGUUUUCUUUGGCCUUUUUCUGCUCGUUCUUUCUGGUUAGUUGCGGUGUUUUCUGCUCGUUUUUUGUUUUGUGGAUUGUCUGUGCUUGUGCUUGUUUUGGGGUUGCUGAGCCGGAUUGCCUAGGGACGAUGGUUCGGCCGGAGUUUCUGAGGCAGUCCUUCCCGCUCUUCAACUCCUCUGAGUCGUUUGUUUUUGUUUUUUUAGACGAGUACUCUUUUUCCUCCUUAGAGGUUUUCCCUUGCGGGUUUUCUCUAUGGAGGUUUUAA